AGAAAGUAUCUGGAAUUUUCCAAAGAGGAAGAGAGGAGGAAUCCCAGACGGAGCGUCCUUUGGUGUGUCCCCAUCUCUCUCUCUAUUUCUCUUUUGGGGUUCUUUUCUUUGGGACUUUCCUUCAAAAUCCCUUCAUUCCAUCCCAGAUUCCCUUCUUUGUUUUCCUUCAAAGCCCAACCAAACCCCUUUCUUUUAUUUCCCCCUUUCCAUUCUCUUCAAUUCUCAUCACUCAUCUCAAUAUUCCAAUUCUCCUAACGGUUUGGUGAGACAAACAACAAAACAGAAAUGGCGGAAGAACACAGAUGCCAAGCACCGCGCCUCUGCGCCAACAACUGCGGAUUCUUCGGCAGCGCCGCCACGCAGAACCUCUGCUCCAAGUGUUACCGCGAUCUCCAGCUCAAGGAGCAACAAUCCUCCUCCGCCAAGCUCGUUCUCAACCAAUCCUUGGUUCCGCCAUCUCCGUCACCCGCCGCCGUUGCUCAGCCGUCUUCCUCUUCGUUUCCGCCAGCUGCAGCGAUCGAUUCGUCAUCUUCGGCGGUAGAUGCUGUAGAUCAGCCACGCGCGGAGGCGGCGAAACCGGUUCUGCAGAACCGGUGCAUGACGUGCAAGAGGCGCGUGGGACUCACGGGGUUCAAGUGCCGGUGCGGGUUGACGCUGUGCGGGGUCCACCGGUAUCCUGAGCAGCAUGGUUGUGAGUUCGAUUUCAAGGGAUUAGGGAGGGAUCAGAUCGCGAAGGCGAAUCCCGUCAUCAAGGCUGAGAAGCUUGACAAGAUCUGAAGGAAGAAGGAACAGAAUGAAAGGGUAGUAUGGUCAUUUCGUAUUUGCGAUUGUUACCUUUAAAACCGGGAUUAUUUCGGAUCCGGGUCCGAGUAUCGGACUGUUAGGUUGCUUACGGAUCGGCCGCCAUAAUGGGCGGUUAGAGGGUGGGUCAAUGGUCGUUGUUAAGUGGUUGCGUUCCUGUGUAAAUUAAAUUUGGGAAGGAAAAAAAAAACACUAUUUCAUAGUCGUUGACAUUUAUUUGCGGUUGAAUUUAUUUCUCCUUUAUCUCGCA